AUGAAACAGUAUGUCAAUGUUGAAGAAGAAACUUAUCGUCAAACUAUUUUCAACGAUAGAGUUGCCAUGAUUAAUCAACAUAAUCUUGAAGCUGAUUUGGGGUUGUACACUUAUAAACUCAAGAUUAAUCAAUUCGCUGACAUGACACAUGAUGAGAUUGUACAAACUGUGUCGAAUAAAUUUCAAAAGAGUCGAACUACAAAGAUAUCAACUAAAUCUAAUCGAAACAUAUUUCGUCCGCCACCGAAUACAUCGAUACCAGCUGCUGUUGAUUGGCGCGAGAAGGGUGCUGUAACUUCGAUAAUUGAGAGUCAAGGUCAAUGUGCUUCGGAUUGGGCUUAUACAGCAACGACCGCACUGGAAGGACAACAUUUUCUUAAGACAGGCAAACUGGUACGACUUUCAGCUCAGAAUCUAUUGGAUUGUUCAAGUGAAUUUGGUAAUGAUGGCUGUAAUGGAGGACUAGUCAAUGCUGCAUUUCAAUAUAUCAAAGUCAACGAAGGUGUAGAUACAGAAGCAAGCUAUCCCUACGAAGCAUUGCAAGGUCAAUGUCGCUUCAAUCAAUCGACUGUGGGUGCAACUGAUACAGGUUUUGUCAAUAUUGCAAAAGGAAAUGAAACAGCCUUACAAAUAGCUAUUGCUACUGUGGGUCCGAUUGGAAUAGCGGUUGAUGAUUUACACGAUUCCUUUUUCUUCUAUGCAUCAGGUGUUUAUGAUGAGCCGGCAUGUAUAACUACAGAUUGGUCUCACACAAUGACUAUUGUUGGAUAUGAUACAUUUAAUAAUGGCACAACUAAACAAGAUUAUUAUAACGUAAAAAACUCUUGGGGUGACACAUGGGGCUGGUAUGGUUAUAUUUGGAUGAGUCGCAAUAAGAAUAA